AUGGAUACCGAUUCCCUUCGGCGAGAUGUCUGGAAUGGUUCCAUCCCGUGCAAAAUAAAUCUCGACCUCUCGGAGGAUCCCGCUUACGAGGCUGUCAGUCCGUACUUCGUGUCGAUACCCCGUAUAUCGUACAUCCCACUCUGGAUCGACCAGAUAUACCAGUUCUUCGAACCGAACUUCGCAGAGUCGCAUGAGUGCAGGCCUCAGAAUGCAUGGUUCGAGUUUGAGGGAGUGCCGCUCAAAUGGCACUGGCCCGUCGGUGUUCUCUACGACCUCUUCACCGGCCGAGAUCCGUCCAUCAUUCGGGACAGCGACAACGCGGAAUACCAGUUACCGUGGACUCUGACGCUGCACUUCCAGAACUGGCCAACUAAACACCUGAUGCGGUUGGAUACUGAAGAUGCAGCUGAAGAUGCGUGGAAGAAUACCCUCAAACAAUCCGCCUGCGUAAGGAACGGUAGUGCGAAGACGGUGAUGAGCAUGUCGAAAGCAGAAUCCACAAAGUUGUGGGAAGGACUUUUGGACCACGACUUCGAUAGGUUCUGGAGUGUGAAUGAAAAGCUCAUGACAGAUCCAACGGUAAUGCGCGGCAUCCCAAUAAGAGUCUACGUCCCCUCGACACCUCGAGUAGUUCAGCUACCCGUGGCACCGUUCUUAGAGUCUAAAGAACCACAGACGAUCGGUACAGCACUGAAUAGUCUGAUCCCCGAGCUGUUCAGAUCGAAGCGGUCGGCACUGGUGGCACGACCGGUGGUUCACGGGGUAGUGGUUGCUAUGAAUACGCCGGUGGCAGAGCUUCUCCAAGUAGCGGUGUAUCCAGAUGGUUUUUUACAUAUAACACUUGCGAUGAUGUCAUAA